GGCCUUCUACCCUUCUCAUUCGACAUUUCAAGAACCUAAAUACCCAAUUCAAAUCUAAACCCUAACUCAUUCCACCUCCUCCUUUCCUCCAUAGUCCUCGGCCCUCGCCGGUCGCUUGAGAUUUCCGCCGUCACCUGGCCGUUGCUGCCGCGCUCUUGACAUUAGUUGCUUCCAAUUUCCGUUUGGCAUUUGGGCUGUUCAUCAUCAUUCCAUUGAUAUAUUUUGGAACUGUGUUGAAGUUUAGAAUUGCAGAUCUGUGUAUUUAGUAGUUUUAUAUGUCGAACGGUAUUGUCUCUGGGCAGUUAGCUUUGCCAACGUUGCCUGACAAUCACAUGAGUCAUCUGGAUUCAAUACAGAGCAGAGCGGAUUCUUCAAUACCAGAACCAUUACAAGGAGUUGAACCUUUGAACAACAACCUAACAUCUACAUCUGUUGAUUCUCAUGAGCAAUAUAAAUCCAUGCUUAAUUCAGGGCAGUCGAGAAUGACUUUGCGAAGUAAACGGAGGGCAAUAACUGAGCCAGGUUCAGACAAUUGGGGUUCCCAAAUGAUGGCUUUGAACAAGAGACCGACUCCAGUAGCCACAAAUGCCAAGGGCCCCAUUGUAUCACCUAGUCAGAAUAAAAAACCUACGCUGAACGCAUCAAGGACUUCUGGCUCAGGUAGAAAGAUCGUGCAAUUGGAAUCUCCUGUGAAAAAAAAUCAUUCAACAACAUUAAAAAAUAAUCCACAGCCCGAAGUGUCUUCAAAAGGCCAUACAGAGUCAUAUGAUUCUGUUAGGGCUAAGCUGAGGGAAUCAUUAACUUCUGCGCUGGCUCUGGUUUCCGAACAGAGAGAAGGCUCCUCUGAUGGGAAGAUGAAAACGGAACAUGAGGGUGCAGUGCAUAAUGAGGGUGUAAAAGAGCAAAGACCUUUAGUUGAAACAAGGGCUGGAGCUGCUGAUGUAGAAAUUGUCAGAGUAGAAGAAUCUGGUACUUCCAGCAUUUUUACGGAUGGGAGGAAUGAUGAGAAGAAAUCAUCUCCAGGAGCCCAAUUAAAAGAAACAUUCGGAGAGGAAACCCAAACAUGGAACUAUAUGGGGCCAGAAUUCCAGUCUGAUUCCAUUCUAUCAGGUGAAGAUUCACUUUUCGGGGAUAGUUUUUUUUUCAAAGAUGAGCUUUUGCAGGGUAAUGGGCUUGCAUGGGUUUCAGAUCCUGAUCCGCGAAUCUCAGAAUUGAAUGAAUUUCAAAAUAAAGUGAAGUCUGAGGUAUUGCUUGAGGAAGUUACUAUUGAUGAAAAGAAGAAAACACUUCAAUCUCCAGAAGCUCUUGCUACAAAAAUUGAAUUUGAGCUAUUUAAAUUAUUUGGUGGUGUCAAUAAAAAAUAUAAAGAGAAGGGAAGAUCACUGUUGUUCAACUUGAAGGAUCGCAAUAAUCCUGAGCUACGAGAAAGAGUUAUGUCAGGUGAAAUACCCCCUGAUCGUCUGUGUUCAAUGACGGCAGAGGAGUUAGCUUCAAAAGAACUUUCACAGUGGCGGAUUGCUAAAGCAGAAGAACUUGAUAACAUGAAAGUUUUACCUGAUUCAGAUAUUAAUAUGAGGCGUUUGGUGAAAAAAACUCACAAAGGUGAAUACCAAGUGGACUUAGACCCUGUUGUUGAUGCUUCAGAUGAGAUUUCUCCCAUUAUAAGUGUACCUUCUCAGAAACGUCCAAAGACUAAUGGUUCUGAUCCAGGACCUCCUCUUAAACCUAACCCAACUAAAGUAGAAUCAUAUGUGCAGUGUGAAAUUACAAUUCCUAGUGAUGGCGCUGAUAUGCAAGGAUUAAUGGUGGAUGAUGUGAAAGAUCUUCCUCCUAUAGUAUCCUUGGAUGAGUUCAUGGAGUCACUUAAUAAAGAGCCACCUUUUGAUAAUUUACCUGUGGAUUCCGAGGCAACCACUGUUGAGAAGGAUAAAGAAAACCCCGGCAGCUCACCUCCUUCAAAACAAUCUGUGAGCAUAACUUCUCAGAAAACAGUGGAACAGUGUGGGGAAAGCAAAAUUCCAUACAUGGAUAAAAAAUCAGGUGACAGUGAUAAGGGAAUUGAUAAGAAAUUAGGUGAUGCUCAAAAGGGAGUGGGUACCAACAUUGUUCAUCUUCCCAAGCAAGCACAUGUCUGGGAAGGACAAGUUCAGCUUAGCAUCUCUUCCAUGGCCAACUUUGUUGCUUUAUAUAAAAGUGGUGAAAAAGCCAAUACCAGAGAGUGGGCAGGUUUCUUUGACAUCAAGGGUCGGGUUAGGCUUGAUGCAUUUGAUAAGUUCUUGCAAGCGCUCCCUAUGUCCCGGAGCCGUGCAAUUAUGGUGUCCCAUUUCAUACUGAAGGAAGGAUCUACUGAGAGUGAACGCUCUGGUCUUGUCGAGUUGGUUGACUCGUACAUUACGGAUGACAGAUUAGGAUUUGCUGAACCUGCUCCAGGAGUGGAGCUAUACUUGUGUCCCCCGCGUACAAAAACAGUUGAUAUGAUAAUCAAUCAUCUUCCUAAAAGCUACACUGAGAAACUAAUUGAUAUUGAUGAUGGCUUGAUUGGAAUUGUUGUUUGGAGAAAAGUGCAAAUAGCACCAUCUGUGAUUUCUCCAAAUUCCUCUUCACAUCAGAAACAUCCAAUUAAGGAUCACACUAAAACGCAAAUCACUGUAAAUGAUACGAACAGCAAUAAUGUCGGUUUUACCCCUCCCCCUAUUCUCGCUAAAUCCUCUGUGCCUGAUGAAGAAGAUGAUGUGCCUCCUGGAUUUGGACCUCCGGGCAAUCGGGAUGAUGAUGAUUUGCCAGAAUUUAACUUCUCUGGUGUGCCUAACCAGCCUACAUCUCACACCAACCCGAAUCCUAAUCUGGGUCAUGGGUUGGUAUCUCAGCAUCAAAAUCCACUUCAAGGAUCAGCCAGCAAGGUUGAUAAAAUGAGGGAGCUGAUCCAAAAAUAUGGGCAAAAUGGAACCAGUGGUGGUGGGAUACCCACCGAACCAUGGAAUGACGACGACAAUGAUAUCCCCGAAUGGCAACCACAAGCUUCAAACGCACCUCCACCAGCCCGAGCAUCCCAUAUCGCUCAAAACCAGGCAUUACCCCCUCAAUUAGCACAUUACCAGAGCUUCCAACGGCCACCGUGGCCCUUGGCUGCUCAUCCUAUCCAACCCCUUCAGCGACCGAUGAAUGUGAAACAGCAAGGAAUAUGGUUGCCAUAUGGUCCUAAUGGACCUGUAGGAAACUUACCUGGGGGACAGUUUAACGGGGCACCACCUCCUGGUCACAUGUCUAUGGAUUGGAGAUACAAUAACAGUGCUAAUAAUAACCAGAAUUUUUAAGUCAUGGUUUCAACAUGUAAAUAAAUGUAGUAUUAAGGAUCAUCAGUUUCUCUUUUCUAGACAUGGUAGCGUGUACUUUUCCUUUUAGUACAUUUUCUCUACUUAAUUAGAAUUACUACAUAUUGUGUUAGACUAUACUAUACAUUUACAAGCAGUCAAGAGCACUACCUUUAUGAAAUAUACCAACAUUUCCUUUUUUUUUUUUUUUU